CUAGUCUAGACUCUAGUACGACGUUUGACACUUUUGACAAAUCUACUUCCCGCCAAAUUUAUUCACACCACAAAAAAAUACAUUAUUGUUUUGUCUUCGUUCACCAGUAUUAAUUUCCUAAUUUAUUUGUCCAAUAUCAUAUAAAACCCUAAAAAAUGUCGGAAAAACUCUCCUCCGGAGCCCUUGAGACUAUCAUGCGGGGAGGUGAAUACACCGAACCCGUCGUUCAAGUUCUGAGCAUUAAAAAGAUGAACAGCGGCUCUGGUCAGCCUGAAAAAGACAGGUACAGGAUAUAUUUGUCCGAUGGCCAGUACACAGUGUCUCAUGCCAUGAUGACCGCACAAAUUUACGCCAAAGCCGGCCCAAAAGGCCUACCCAGGUUUUCCAUCAUAAAAAUAAUCAGGUCCAUGACUAGUGUUAUUAACAACACUGAUGGAAGAGACAGUCGAGUCCUUCUUAUUCUGGACUUGGAACUCCUUAAAGAUGGUGAUGAAGUAGGAGUGAAAAUAGGUGACCCGAUUCCUUACUCUGAAGCAGCCAGUGCCCGUCCAAAACCGUCUGGUACAGGUCCUAGCACUUCGGUGCAGGCAGAAGUUGAACCAGUUGCAAAAAGAAUGAAAUUAGCCACUAAUGGUACUAAUGGUACUUAUGAUGGAAAUACAACUCUUGGUGGUCACAUUACUCAUCCCAUAUCAAGUUUGAGUCCUUAUCAUAACAAGUGGAUUAUUAAAGUAAGAGUAAUGAGUAAGAGUGAUAUAAGAAAAUGGGAAAAUGCUCGUGGUUCUGGACAACUUUUCAGUGUUGAUUUGUGUGAUGAAAGCGGCGAAAUUCGAUUGACCGCUUUUGGAACAACUGUGGAUAAAUAUUAUGAUGUUAUUCAAGUCGAUAAAGUCUAUUACAUUUCGAAAUGCCAAGUAAAACCAGCCAACAAGCAGUUUAACACUGUAAAAAACGAUUAUGAAAUGACAAUGACUUCAGAUACCAUAGUUGAAGAAUGUUUGGAUGAUGACAUGAAAAAUUUACAAAUCCAAUAUAACUUUGUGGAUAUUGCAAAAAUUGCAGAAGUAGAACCCAAUUCAACAGUUGAUGUUUUUGCAAUUGCCAAAUCCUAUGGUGAAGUUAACUCAUUCCAAGCUAAAACCACUGGACGUGAAUUGAAAAAAAGAGAAGUUCAGCUUGUAGAUAAAUCCAAUGCCACUAUUACUUUAACUUUGUGGGGACAGCAAGCUGAAAAUUUCAACGGAUUUGACAACCCUGUUGUUCUUUUAAAAGGUGCCAGAGUAACCGAGUUUGGUGGAGGAAAAAAUUUAGGUACCACUUCCAGUACCCUCAUGAAAGUAAAUCCUGAUAUGGAGGAAAGUUUCACUCUUAAAGGCUGGUUUACUUCAGCAGGCUCAUCUGCACUUUACAAUGAUCUCAGUGCCAGAACUGCCGGAGGUGGUACUGGUAGCUACAACACACCUUGGCUUACAUUUAAAGAAGUCAUUGAUCAACAACUUGGUUCAAUCAACACUGCCAGUGGUGAUUAUUACAUGGUCAAAGCCACAGUGCUUCUAAUAAGAUCUGAAAACUCUAUUUACAAAGCAUGUCCCACUGAUGGUUGCAACAAAAAAGUCGUUGACAACAAUGAUGGAACUUACAGAUGCGAAAAGUGUCAGCAAGAUUUUCAGAAUUACAAAUUUAGACUUUUGUGCAGCAUGAAUGUUGGUGAUUGGAGCGGUAAUCAGUGGGUGAGCAUGUUUAGUGACGAAGCUGAAAAAGUGAUUGGGAUGUCAGCUCAGGAAGUUGGGGAAUUGGGGGAAAGAGACCCUGAUGGUCUAAGUAAAAUGAUGGAGAGUCUCAACUUUAAAGAGUUUAUCUUGAAGUGUAGAGCCAAAAUGGAGACUUAUAAUGAUGAGCAACGUCUUAAAACUGUUGCUGUAAAAGUUGAUCCAAUCAAUUACAAAGAAUACAAUGCUUACUUGGCGAAAAAGAUAAGAGACUUGAUUGCUUGAGCCUUUUUUUGAUUAGUUAUUAUGUUUAUUUAUAUUUUUGUAUUUUACAGUCGGGCACCCAAUUUUCAGUUUCAUUUGGUGUAUAGAUAGCAUUAACUUUAAGAAUGUUUAUUUUGUUAUCAGUAUAUGGAUUAAAUUUAGAAAAAAUAAUUUCCAGUAAUAAUAAAUGUUUAUUAAUAAAUUACAAAACUAUUAUAAGAAACAUAUCACUUAUCUUCAAAUUACAUAUUACACAUAAGUUUUCGAAAUUCAAUUUUAGUCCUAAAAAUAAGGUUUAUCAUUAUUUUGUAGUUUUCUUGCAAAAGAAACAUUACCAUAUUCAUAGAGCUUCCAUGUACGACCUUUUUCUAGCGUAAGCCCCCAAGCAAGCUAACAACCCCAUAACUGUUAGGGACAAUAUUAUAAUUAGCGCCAAAGUAUCUCCAAAAUCGAACAUUUUUGUAAUUAUUAUUUAUUUUGAUAAAAAGGAAAAAAAUAUAAAAAAGAUAAAUAUUUUCCUGUCAAAUGGUUUGCAGGUUAGAAAACGUGAAGCGCUUUCAAUUUGUAAUGUCAUUAA